CAAGCCACCAAAAGAGGUGAAGGCCUUUUCCCAGCUUGAAUCCAUUUUUAAAUCCUUCUUCAGAAGCCUCAUAUGCUGCCCAUCUGCUCUCAAGUCCUCCCCUCCCCCCCCAAACUGACAGCCCUCAAAAAGCCUCCAUCUUUCUUUUAAAAAUCCAAUACAGCAAACCUUUUUUUUUUUUUAAAAAAAAAGAGCUCAUGUACAACUAUCAGUGAGGACCAUUUCUGCAUGCCUCCUCUUUAUAAGCUCACCUUCUAGGAACAGAUCACAGAACAGAGAGCAUCACCUUCUUCAUGGAAAUCCAAAGCAUAUGUCGUCAUGACUGAUUCCUGAUAUCACUGCCACAUUAUAUAAAAGGGCAGCACCGAUAAAAUUCAGCUAGCGGUUGUUCUCUUCGAGCCUGUGAGAGAGGUCUGGAGAUAAAAAGUCCUCUGUUCAAAGGCAAAAGUCAGUCCAGAUUUCUAGCUUUGGUGGUACGUUACUCGAUCUUCAGAAGGCAUCAUACCAUAAGAGAACCAACUCGGGAGAUGGAUAGUUUGGGCUGGGAUAAUUCAGCAAACAUCGCAAGUGAUAUCUCUUCAAUUCCAUCAUGCUUAUGGAGCAACCAGUAUGACAAUUUUUCAGAAUCCAAUGAAGAAUACAGUAAUACGAGCGACCAGGCUGAACUAGAUCGAGCUUUCUACGCUUCAGGAUUAAAGCUCCAAGGGGUUCAGGCUAGCGAAAUGAGUUCGUUCGAUAGAGUUGAUGAGAUGGUAGAAAUGUUAGCUCCCGCCUUGGAUUCGGUAAGCAAUAAUUUGGAUCUGGAUUUCCUGCAGCGCCACGAAGCGAUAAGUUUAGCAGCGGCCGAUUCUAUUCCUGAGAAAUCAGGAAUCAGUUCCACUUGGGGAGAUGUUUUAUCUUCUGAUCAAUUACGUUCUUCUCUUCCGCCCAUCACCAGCUCCGAAGCUGUCGAUCCAUUCGAUAGCCUCGCCGAAAACUUCAGCUCUUCGGAGGAAUUACGAGUCCUCGGCGACAUUGCAAACGACGAGGAAGGCAUCUCGACAAUCUUUUCGAGCAGCGAAAACAUUCGUAAUUUGAGCUGCUGUGGUAAUACCUCUUCAGGUGAGUCCGAGAACCAUGGCUCCUUCGAUCACCGUCGGCCGAAUCGAGAGGAGAUGGCCUCGGUCUCACAAGGCUCUUCGAAACCAGACCGAACUCGGUCUGGCAUUUCAAACCCUGACCAAGCUCGCGACGAACAAGCCAGAAGAAGCAAGCCCAUCUCUACUAAGAGAAAACUGGAGGAGAACCAUUUCACUGGCUUUCAUAUUAGCUUUGGGAAUGGGCGCAAACCGAAGAAAUCGAGAUCUGAGAAGCAUUUGGGGUCUUCUUCAGGCAUCUACUUCGAUGGUGAGAGCAGAUACGAGCCUGACACCGAGGCAAUGGCACAAGUGAAGGAGAUGAUCUACAGGGCUGCAGCUCUCAGGCCAGUGAACUUUGGAGUGGAGGAGGCAGUAGAGAAGCCAAAGAGGAAGAAUGUGAGGAUCUCCAGUGAUCCCCAGACUGUGGCUGCCAGGCACAGAAGAGAAAGGAUCAGUGAGAAGCUAAGGGUGCUGCAGAGGCUGGUCCCUGGGGGGAGCAAGAUGGAUACUGCCUCAAUGCUUGAUGAGGCUGCCAACUAUCUCAAGUUCCUCAAGUCUCAAGUCAAGACCUUGGAAGCCCUAGGUUACAGACUCGACAACAUGAACAGUGCCGCACUUCCCUUUCCAACACCUUUCAACCAGACCUAUCCCAUGCACGCUCUUUUCACCCAACCAAAACCCUAACCCAAAAAGUUAGGGAAAAAAAAGAACCACAAGUCAGUUCCUAACUUGUGGUUAGGGAUCUUCCUUUUCCUUCACCCAGCGAUACUUUUCCUGACCAAAAUCCUAAUUCCAAACACCAGAAGGAUUAAAGGUUCACCUUUUUGAUCGAUAUGGUAGUGUUGUUCCUCCUUUUUAUCCCAAUCCACCUUUUCACUGCGUCCAUAAAGCAGCCUUGGUCCAAUACCAUUAUCAUUCUCCAUGCAAACCCUAACCCCAAACACCCAUAUGAUAGUCUUCAUGAUUGCUUCCUUUAUGUGUUUAAGAGAACAUGGCAAAUACCCUUUGAUCCUUUAUCUUCUUGACUCUACAGCCAAAGCUUUCUUGAACAUAAAAGUUAAGGAAUCAUGACUCCUAUGAUUAGGCGCCCGAGGCUUGAGAGCUUGGAAGUACUCACCACCUCAAAAUGUGUCUCAUGCGAGCCUCUUUUUCUCUUGGGUUGUCAACCCUAAUCUUAGUGCUUUCUUUUAAUUUAGUGUUGGUACUUUGGAAAGCCCAAGGCCAGAGACAUUCCCUUUGGGUCUGAUACCAAGUCUGGCAGAGGACACUGUCCCCUUGAUUCGACCCAAGCGUGCCCUUGAGAAGACCACCAGCCAUGUUGCUUAGCACGUGAUGGAGGCAAAAAGAAAAGAAAAAAGAAAGAAAGAAAGAAAGAGGAUGCCGCCACCCCUUCUUCUCUUCUCUCUCACCUCACCCUUAGCCUUGCAACAAACUUCUUAUGUCAUUCAAUGAGGAAAAAAAAGGAAAAAAUAGAUUCCACCGUAACAAACUUGGGUGUUUGAUGAUGUGGGUUGGCAAGUUGCAGUGGCCUUUUGUAGGCACUAUGUAUGUCAUAUGCUCCUUUUCUUUUCCUUUACUCAAAAAGGAUCUAGAAUUUGAAAUUGAAGGUGGUUAUUUAAUUAGUUGCUGAAA